AUGGACAAAUACAUCGAUAGCCGGUUCGACCGCGUCGAGAAGGCUCUGUCAACGCUGAUUGAUUCCAUCGCAAAGUAUCAUCCUUCUACUGCGCAGGCGAACGAGCUAGCCGCCGCAGAUCGGGAGCUCGCGAAAGGCCUCGAAGAACUGCAGACACAUCAGAAUAACUAUCUACGGAUACAACAGCUUACGGCAGCUACAACGACCUUGGACAACCAGAUCCGGGAGACACUACGGACACUAGCUUCGACGCGGAAGGAUAUCACGACCACCUCGACGACCACAUUUCCCGACGGGCCUCACUAUGACAUAAAAUACGAUGAGCUUCUCAGCUACGCCCGGCGCAUCAGCAAAACAACUCUGCCGCCUUCCGGCGUCAUCAAUGGCAUAGACACGCCCGGCGUGACCAGCCCCGCCGCUGGUGACGGAGCCGACACCGCCGCCCCAACACCCGCCGCAUCCACGCCGGCUAUGAACGGCGCGCAGACUCCCGGAGCCACGGGUGGCGAGCCGACAAGCGAGAUCCCCUCUCAAAUGACGGUCACAACGCAAGCCACCAGUCUCCCGGAGCACCUAGCGGGCUGGCUCAACCCACUUACCGGCACCAUGUUCAUCCCCUGGCCAGCAGAGGACAAGAUCAGGGCGGGAUCGCUGGCGUCGAAUCAGCUCCUCAUGGAGCAGGGGCUGGACAUCCGCAACUACGACCCGGCCGAGGAACAGGCUCGACGGCAGCGCGAGGAGGAAGAGCGCAAGGCGCACGAAGAGCGCGAGAUCCGCGAGCGGGAAGAAAGCCUGCGCAAGAUGCGCGAGGAGCAGGAGCAGCUUAGGCGUGAACGGGAGCAGGCCCGCGCGAGGGAGCAGCAGGAGGACUUGCGACGCGGCAGUAUUGCCGGCGUUGGGCCUCAAGCUGGUGGUGCGCCGCGGCCUCCGCAAGAGAAAAAGCAGUUCCAGUUUAUGGGAGAUUUGGAUGAUGACGAUGAGUAG